CGUUUAAUGCAGGUUGAAGGGAGAGAAACGGGACAUUUAGUUCCUGUCGUGGAGACAACUCAGUUGUGUUGAGUAGAUAAGAAAGUCGUGUGCUGGUUUCGUUCUUUUCCUUCUAUUUUUUGUUUUACUCGUUUUAUCUCUAGUUCAGUCAUUAUCAUUUUUGUACACAUUUCAAUUGUUUCCAUUAUCAAAACGGCUCAUCACAAUCAAACUCAUUCUCCGUACCAAAGACUGAGAAGAGAUAGCUGCUAAUAUCGUUUUAGAAGAAAGCUCUGUUGUGUUUGGUUCAUCGUUGGUAUUUUCCACUAACGUUCGUAACCGUGCAGGAUUUUCAAAGUAUUGAAGCUGUUCUAGAGCAGCUAGGGGCUUCGCAAGAUUCCUAGCAACCAGAUUGGACAUCAUCCUAAAUUUCCUGGAGGGCAGCUAAAAUAAAAGCUACUCAGUUCAUACUCGUGGACUAAUUCUCAUAAGCUAGUUGCCACAACGCUGCACCAUUUUUAUUGAGUUAUACCAGUGUAUGCGAUGGACGCAACCACGGUGGUGUCACAACAGAACGGGACCAUUCACAAUUCGGUCCAGACAGUGAACAUGGUUGAUGAUUGCAACACAAAUUUGAUCGUUAACUACCUGCCUCAGACCAUGACCCAGGAGGAGAUAAGGAGCUUAUUCUCCAGUAUUGGAGAAGUGGAAUCAUGCAAGCUCAUCAGAGACAAGGUCACAGUAGGUCAGAGUCUGGGCUACGGUUUUGUUAACUACGUUCGUGCAGAAGACGCUGAGAAGGCAAUCAACACUCUAAAUGGACUCAGACUGCAAAACAAAAUAAUCAAGGUUUCGUAUGCCAGGCCUAGCAGCGAGGCUAUCAAAGGCGCCAAUCUGUAUAUUAGUGGGUUACCCAAAUCAAUGACCCAACAAGAAUUAGAGAACCUUUUCGCCCCAUAUGGUCGCAUUAUCACUUCCCGGAUCCUCUGUGAUAACGUGAAAGUUAAGCCGCUUGUGGGUAAUUUUGCAGGAUUGUCUAAAGGUGUCGGAUUUGUGCGUUUCGAUCAACGGAUAGAAGCCGAAAGAGCUAUUAAACAUCUGCACAACACCAUUCCAGACGGUAGCAGUGAACCAAUCACAGUGAAGUUUGCAAACAAUCCAAGCAAUAAUGCUAAAGCACUAGCACCUCUGGCGGCUUAUUUGUCUCCUCAGCGUCCGUUCCCUGGACCGAUUCAUCACCCUGCUAACCGCUUCAGGUACAUACCACUGUCGCCGAUCUCCAGAUACUCUCCUCUUGCCGGAGAUUUGCUAGCAACCAAUCCUCUCUUGGCUGGGAACGCCCUCAACGGCUCAGGAUGGUGCAUCUUCGUGUAUAACCUUGCUCCUGAUACCGAAGAAAACCUCCUAUGGCAGCUAUUUGGACCUUUUGGGGCAGUACAGAGCGUUAAGGUCAUUCGAGAUCUGCAGACAAACAAGUGUAAAGGAUUCGGCUUUGUGACGAUGACCAAUUAUGACGAAUCUCUAGUAGCCAUUCAGAGUCUAAACGGAUACACUCUGGGGAAUAGAGUUCUGCAAGUAUCAUUCAAGACCAGCAAGUGCAAGACAUAAAAUCUACCUCUGCUGCUCACGGGUCAGGGGGUGGGGAGCGAUACGAUGCGGGUAGAGAAAGAACUCGCAGACUUCUUACUCUACCUCUGUCGUAAACCAACCCUUCAAUGAAAUACUGUAAACGAAGUGCUGCAGCUCUAAUCAUCAUGAAUUUUGGUGAAGCCAACUUCUGGAAAUCCUAGUCAUGACAUGUAAUUAUUAGAACUUUUUACACCAAAUUUCCCAAAAGCCAAAGUAAUUUUUUUUACACAUUGCGAAUAUAUGUCGCAUAUGACAUAUAGCAGUCUGAGACUAGCAACUGUCUGGUACAAGAGUAUUUUUUCUUCAUUUGUUGGUUGUCGUUUUCGAGCCAGUUUAGUCAUCCUUUACGGUGCGAACAGGCAUUUUAAUCACGGUAAAUUAAUUAAUUGGUCAGAAAAAGUAUUAGAAUAUUUUAUUUACAUACUCCAUUUCUUAAACUCCCUAAAAUGGAUCAGACUUCGCUUUUGAUCUCAUUUUUAAGGCAUAUAUAAAUUUUAAGCUGUCAAGGAUGAUCAAGACCAUGCCAGACAGUGCUUAAAUAUUACAUUUUACCCUAGGGUAUUUUAACUUAUUUUAAAUUAAUUUUUUGUUAAGUCUUACCAGUAUUUAUUUGGACAAGUAUUUACUGUUGUCAUUGAGUAAAUUAGCUUGUUUGGUAUAAUCACUUAGAUGCCAACUUGAUUAAGCAUACUGAUUUGGAAAGCUUGCACUUAGUUUUUUUCUUUUUUGUUUUGAUUCUCGGCUGUUACUUUUCAUUUUUCCUUAUUUUUAUGUAUUGCAUGUUAUUUUGAAGCCUAUUCUGGAAUUGCUGUAAUUAUAUUUUUGUUUGAAUUAAAUGAUUUUUGGCACCUUUGGUUAUGAAUGAGUUAAUUUUUUAUGUUAAGAAGAUGAGCACGUUUUUUGUCCCCACCCUUUUUUUUUCUUCAUAAAAGCACAUUGGAUUUAGUUGCCUUAGCACCCUGCAUGCCGUUAGAAAUGUUAAUAUUCAAAGAUUGUGCAUGAAUUCGGAGAUGGAGGGUGGGGUCUCAGCGAUGAAUACAAGGCUUACCCAUACCACGAACCAUCCGCCAUUUUAGGGGCUCCUGAGUGAAAAUUGGAGCCAACACUAACGCCACCACGGCCACUUCCACAAUAAUCUAUUUUUAUAAAAGAGUUAAUAAAAAACUGAGGAUAUAAAAGUGGUAAGAACCAAACUCUCUGAGUUCAACCGAAGUGCUGUGUGUGUGCGUGUGAUGUGUGUCACCAAGUUGUUUACCGGUUUUGGUAAGGUAUAGAAUAAAAUAACAUUUUUGUCCGUCAGAUGACGCCCUUAAGUAAAAGGCGUUACAAGAUUCAUUUCCAGUUAUCAUCAGUGUUAUUCAGUGGUUUUUACAAGCAUUCUUGGCUAGACUAAAAUAAGAAUAAUUAUUUGAUUAAAAAUUAUAGUUUAUAUGUCUGUCUGUGUGUGUGGAUAUAUAUGUAUAGAUAUAAGUAUAUGUUUAUAUACAUGUAUAUGUAUAUAUACAUAUAUAUGUAUAUGUAUAGAUAUAUAAACCUGUGAAUACAUCAUAAAAAUGUUGUUGAUGCCUAAAAGGCAGCAGUUACUGAAAUUUGCCUCUGGCAAAAUUUUUAAAUUUGGUAAAUCGUUACAUUGGAAUAGUACUGACCAAAAACGAAGUAGAUUAUAAAGUUUAUAUAUAAAGAGAUCAUAGGAUUUCAAAUUUACGGAAUAGUGUUGGAUCUAGAAAAUGCUUGUUUACCUACGGCAUACUUAGAGUAGCUAGCAGGGUUCCUUGAAUUCCACACAAUAUUCCCUUUGUAAGUAUAGGUUCAUUCCCACGAACCUUUUUAUGCGUGUUCUACAACUUGGAUCUAAAGAUUGUAGUCCUACACUGGUUUCAGAACUUUUCAUCAAAGGAUAUAGGAGGCCUUGUGCCAGGUGCUGAAAUUUUGCACCUUGUGUGCAAUACCGUAUGCAACUACAAUUACUACUUUGAAUCAGAUUGAAUUUGCUAUUUUAGAUGUAAUUCGAGAAUAUUCCUACCUUUUUUAUACGUCAAACAAGAAAAUUUGGAUAAUCUUCUAUGUUAUAUAACGUUAUACUGCUUAAUGUGAGAUUUCUCCCAGAGGUCACAACAAUGUCUAAAAUUACCACUGGCCAAAAUACUGCCGGUGAGUUACCUUGGUUGCAACUUGUGACCUGUGAUUGUGACAUUCCGUUUUCUAGGUAAUGACGUAGGUUUUGACGCAAUAAGUAUUUUGUAAGCUGAGUACGAGAAUUUGUUUGGAAUAUACAGGUCUCUAUGUUAGACGUUCAAGGCAAUGCCUAGUAUUCUGGAAUGUGGAAAGUUUGGUACGUCUAGAUUAAAAUGUUCAUAACUUUGAAGAUCCUCUUUUAAAACGAUUUUCAAAACUAUUUAUUAAAAUAGUUUUCAACGUGCUGUAAGCCCGUUUUACAUGUCAUACUAAUAAUUUCUAGGUAUAUAGACGUAAAGAAAUCUUUUUAGAUGGGUUACAGUAUUCAAAAUUCGGCUAUACUUUUCUCUUGUAUGUUGAUCCUUUUAUUUAAUGGCUUAUCCAUACGACUGACAUUCUCUUAUUAGAAUGGCUGCGUUAAUUUUCUUAAUCUAUUUCGCGAGAAUUUUGAAAUAACCCCUAUCUUAAAUUGAGCAUUAAGUACUUUUGAUGUAAGUGAAUAAUAGUUUAUGAAAUGUUUUUUUUUCGAACAUUUGUUUAAUCUUAAUCUACUUAAUCGCUAGAAUUGUGUUUAACUUCAUGUGUCACAACAGCUUUGGGAAUUUGAGAUUGACACUCCCGAAGAAGAAGUAAAUGCAAAAUCCUGAACAUGCUGCUAAGCUUAAUUAUAGAUUUUUCAAAUGACAGGGGGAACAAGAAGUCUGAAAACAAUGACCUGUUUGUUCCCACACCAUCUUGUACUUAGUUUCCACUUCAUUCCAAGAAUCUCGUAUCUCUAAGUUUGUCGAUAAUUUUGGUGUAUUUGUGAUAUAAAAUAUUUGGUGUAUUAACCUGUAGUUUUUUCUUAAACUUUUACAUUCCAGUACUCGUCAUUGUAAUAUUUAUUUAUUUAUUUUGGAACAAUACUCAACUUUCGAAUCUCUGUCGAAAACGACCGAACACACCUCGUCCCCAAGACUCCAUGAUUAAAAAAACAAACGAAAAGUAGAAGCGUUGAUUGGUUGGGAUCAUUUAUACUUGUCUACUUAAGUGGCACCUCCUCACGUACUUAAAUUUUAGAAUAGUUUUGUGCUAUUUGUCUGUGUGUUGCUUUAAAGUUGUAGUUGUUAAGUUGCCAUGUGUAUUUUAAAGUAGCAGUUGUUUGAGCAUUGUGUAAUUUUUCGUCGCAUUGACGAUUUUUAGUAUACAUAAUUAAUGUAGACCUUUUUUCUCGAUAUUUUAUUAUAUAUAUAGUAUUUUGAGCAUUUUUUUCUUGUUAAUGAUUAUUCACGAGUCAAAUAUUUUGGUGUUUUCAGUGUUUUCUGAAGUUUAUCAUAUGUACCCUCGAUUUUUCGUGCUAUAUAGUUUGGGUUUAUUGUAUUUAAAUUUGACACAUUGCCAUCUACCGGCUGUAUAUGAAAGCAUGUUAAACCCUACGCUGAACUCCUUAGAAUGGGCAAUGCUUUGCUCAAAGGGUGUUCUUGCAUGCGGUUUUCGAGAAAUCCUUGUAUGUGCGCAGUUGAUUUAUUUAUAAGUGCUGCAACCAGGUUAAAACACAAAGUAAUUGAAUUUGUGAGAUUUGAAUAUUGAGAGGUUCGAAAUUAAAUAUUUCUUAGUAGACCAAUGGUUGUUGUUUUCUGCGUAGUUUUGAUUGUACUGCAAUAUUUGUACUUUUCCAUGUUGAAAAUAAACUCCAUCUUGGAACACAUGUCUUCA